GCGAGAUACAGUUAAUAGACUCCCACUGAACCGUUCAUAGAUGAUUUAAGAAUGUUAAUAUAUAUACUAUCACUGUUGGUUACCGCGGUUGUUGCAUCAAGAGAUCCUCGAUGCUUUCAAUAUAAAGCGGACGCUGAAGCGCUGACAUUGCCUCACAGAAGUGAUUGUACUAAAUUCCACAUUUGCGAUGUCGGCGGCAGAGCCUUGGAGAUGAAAUGUCCACCAAACACAUUCUUUAGUGCAAAGGAUGGGGUCUGUUCGUUUGACAAUUCUGCUUGUGAUGGUUCGGAAACGAUUCAGAAACCAAUAGCACCUGAGGUCGACAACGGAAAUAAUAUACCAGAUCAACCAAAUUCUUUGGAAAAGGCUUGUUAUGAUAUGCCGUCUGGAGUAACUCUACCAUUGGUUGGUGAUUGCUUUUCGUACAUUGUAUGUCUUCGCGGGAAGCCCAUCGUUUUAUUAUGUCCAGAAGGUUUGGCAUAUGACAGUAGAAACAGUAGAUGUGAAUUCAAGGAUGCAGUAAGCUGUGCAGUACGCAAUCCCCAAGAACCAAGCAACCCUUCAAAGCCUGCCAGUCCUUAUCUAAAUGAAGAUGAUAAAGUAUAUCAAGUGAUGCCAUCUGAAGAAAUGCAUGGUGAUCAUCCUGCCUCUCCAGUCAAACAACCACCGAUUAUUGCUUUACCAGAACAACCAUUCAUUCCGCAAAAUCCGCCACAACCAAUAGUACCUUUGCCGCUUCCAAUUCCAAUCUUACCUCCACAAAUCCCAAUUGUUCCCGAGAGGGAAGCACCGGUUCAACUUCCAAGCGAUCUUAAUAAUGGCCCAGCUUUCGUUCCAUACAAGGAAGUAUUCGUUAACGACCCCCGUUGUUUGAGAAGGUCCGAUCCAAACAAUCCCAUUUUGCUUUCUUAUGCUGGAGACUGCCGAAAAUAUCUCGUUUGUGUUGGUAAUACUGCUAUCGAAAAGAGCUGCCCAGACGGUCAGCACUGGAGUACGGAAAAUGGAUGGUGCGAUUUUCCUUCUCGUGCCAAGUGUGAAAUGAUAUAGAUUGAAAAUUCGAUAAAAAGUAAAUUGAACAUAAUAAAUAUUUAAAGUUGAUACAGACCGUUCAUCAAGCACAUUGAAUAUCAAGCGAACUUGAGGUUUAUGAGGUACGAUUAGCUAUAAAAACCAAUAAAUUCUGAUGAAGAAUAAUGUUUCACGAUAUUUUUUUAAUUUCUUAAUAAAUGGUUGAUUUGAAAA